UCAAUUGUCGCAAUUGCUUUUGAACUGCCUAUGCCUAGUUGUGCUUGCUACAAAUUUAAAUGGAUAAAAUGUUGUUAUGAGAUUUCGAGUAAUAUGGUAUCCACAAUGACAUUUCAAGUUCCUAUUAAACUUUCAUCGAGGAAUCCUGGUGAUUCGUAUCCUCAUAAUUUACAAUUGUAUCGGAACGUACCAUUUGGAGAGAUAACGUUAGAAGAGUUACAAGAAAUAAGUGAAACACGGCUCAAAGUUCUUUCUUUAGUCGAACGUAUUCAUUUACAAAAACCGACAAUGUCGCUAUCACAACGCAGAAUUGCCUUGGUUGAAGAGUUACACAAACAAGGGCUAGCCGAAUUUGGAAGUUUGAUUAAAAACUCCGGAUGCAAAUCGUGCACUGACAUGGAUAUACGUGUUAGAAGAAGAGAUCAUAUAUCUCAUUUUAUGUUAAGGUCUACAGUUGCCUUCAAUGAAUCCAAAAAGCGCUGGUUUUUUAAGCAAGAAGCAAGGUUAUUCAAAUGGAGAUUUUCUUCAUUAGACAAUGAAGGAAUCAGGCAGUUUAUGUGCAUUAAUAAUUUUAACUUUAGCCCAAUUAGCCAAAAUGAAAAAGAAAAUAUCAGAGAACAUCUUCACAUGUCUUCUCUCAAUGUUAGUGAUGUUGAUAACACACAAUUUUAUAGGAUACCUUUCUUUCAUAUAGCCAAUUUAAUUAGAAAGCGUAAAGUUCUUGUUUUGCAAGGUGAAGCUUUUGUACCCGAACAAGAAAUGGCAUUUGUGUUUGUGUCAUAUUUCCGGAGAAUUCUUAUAUCAAAUUUUGAAGUUGCACGUGAAGCUAGAGCCAACUUAUAUAAUGAUGAAAGGUUUACUCAUAUCUUUGCUUAUUUAGAAAAUAAUAUUCUUACUCAAAAUACUGUAUUGGUACGAGAACAAGAGAUGCAACAAUAUAUUUCACUCGAUAAGUUGGAUCAGCUUGCAGAAACUUCUUAUCCUCUAUGUAUGAGAGUGCUUCACAAAGCACUAAGGAAGAAUCAUCAUCUUACACAUGGUGGUAGAAUACAAUACUGUUUAUUCCUGAAAGGCAUGGGACUUUCUUUGUCCGAUGCAAUGACUUUUUGGAAAGACGAAUUCAUGAAAAUAAUGGACGAUACUGCAUUUAAAGAACAUAUGUAUUAUAUAAGAUUUAACUAUGGGAAAGAAGGUAGUCGUCGAGAUUAUCAGCCUUAUAAGUGCCAAAGAAUUCUGGAAUCAAUUGUUGGACCUAGAGAUUAUCAUGGAUGCCCUUUUAAACAUAUGCUGCAUGAUACACUUGAAGAGCAACUUACUGAUUGCGAUUUUAAUGCAUCGGAGAGAUCAGCAAUAAUGAAAUUGUCCAAGAACGGUCAAUAUUUUGCAGCAUGUAACAAAUAUUAUGAAAUUAAACAUGACUGUCUUAACGAUACUUUGUUUGAACAUCCAAAUAUAUAUUUUAAUGAGAGUAUGAAACAUCGCACUGCAUAUCAUCAUGAUUGCUGCGGCGAUACGUAAGUACCGAAUGAUAUAUGUAUGUACAUUUAAGUGACAGAAGUAACGAGCAAUAUUUAUGUACAAGUACAUCGAAUAUAAACACUUAACACUCGCCACACCUUACACAUUAUUAUCUUAGUUAAUUCGUAACGUUGUACCGUUGUCUCAUUAAAUGCUAUUUUAAGCAAGACUACAUGAUUGAAGAGUACGGGAAAUUUUUGGCACAGUUCAUCUUAAUAGAAAUAAAACGAGUUUGUUAAAUAAAUCCUAAAUAUAGCUUAUCAAGAAAUACGGAAGAAAUGCUUAUAAUCCUCAUUAUAAUAUUGUGUCUGUAGUCAAGCAGUUGUUAUACCAAAUGCAAAAGUUGUUUUUAAUCUAAAAAAUAUUCGAUGUCUGACGUCAAAAUGAUAUGUGUCGUGUAACACUAAGUCGAUUCCCGCGCAAUCCAUCGUGAAUCGAGUGCGUACGCAAAAUUCAAUUAAUAUCACGUUGCAGCCUGUAGCCUGUAAUCUAAUUAUAGCCGAUAAUUAUUGGCUUCCUAUACACAUACACGAUAGAGAAACUAUCAUGCAAUUUCAAAAGCGGGUUAUAUCACAAAUUUAAUAGCAACGAUGGAUGCAGUAAUGGAUUUAUGCAAUACAUAUAUUACAAUUCUCUUUGUUUUUUAACAAAAUCAAAAUAGUUUUAUUUUACGUUCGCGCAUAUUAUGAACAACCACCCCUGUGUACAUUUGAGAAAACUAGAACUGUACUUUUUUCAUUCUUCUGUAAAUGCAUUCUUCCCAUUCACACGUUAUUUUUU